AUGGCGGCCGUCCCGGCUACAGCCUCUCCCUCUCCGCGGUCUCUCCUCCAACUUCCUAGAUCCUCCCCUUUCUUCCCCAUGACCAACCCCUUCAUCUUUGCCGGACUCGGCGGCAAGCCUUCCCCCCGUCUCUCCUUUCCCUCCUGCUCCCCCGCCGCAGCCACCAAAUCCUCGCCGUCGGGUUCUCCGGCCUCCGCUCCGACCCUCUCCGAGCAGCUGAAGCCCAUAUCCCUCACCUUCCUCACAGACCAACCGGAGCACCCGGAAGAGGGGGAGGAGCAGGAGACGGCGGCGGCGCAGGUCGACCCACCGCCGGUCCGACUCUCCCGGAAGCCGAAAUCCACCUGGGUGAACCCCUCCCGGCCCAGGCCCCGGGUGCUCUCCCUGCAGCGCCACCCUCGCUCCGCCGCCGCCGCCGCGGGGACCGAUGGCAAGCGCAUGGCCCUCGUCUCCCAGGCCCUCCGCGAGUGCGGCGGCGACCUCGCCGCUUUCUCGGCGGCCGUCCGGGAGGCCUUCCCGGAGGGGCUGCCGGCGAGGGACGAGGCGCUGCUCAUCCUCGGCGGCCUCCGCCCGUGGGAGAAGGCGUACCGUUUCUUCAAUUGGCUCCGGUCGCUAGAGGGCUUCGCCAUGGAGACCAUCUUCUACAACGUGGUGAUGAAGUCCCUCCGCCUGGAGCGGCAGUACGAGCUGGUAGACAGUCUCGCCCAGGAGAUGGCUGACGGGGGAGUGGAGCUGGACAACAUCACCUACUCGACGGUCAUCACCUGCGCCAAGCGGCGCCGCCAGUUCGACCGCGCCAUCGAGUGGUUCGAGCGGAUGUACAAGACCGGGGUGACCCCCGACGAGGUGACCUAUUCGGCGGUGCUGGACGUCUACGCCCGGCUGGGCAAGGUGGAGGAGGUGAUCAGCCUCUACGAGCGCGGCCGCGCCGGCGGCUGGAAGCCCGACGCCGUCGCUUUCUCUGUGCUGGCGAGGAUGUUCGGGGAGGCCGGCGACUACGACGGCAUCAGGUACGUCAUGGAGGAGAUGAAGGGCGUGGGCGUGGAGCCCAACCUGGUGGUGUACAACACCCUGCUGGAAGCCCUGGGCAAGGCCGGCAAGCCGGGGCUCGCCCGCAGCCUGUUCGACGAAAUGACCGCCGCGGGGCUGGCCCCCAAUGAGAAGACGCUCACGGCGCUCGCCAAGAUCUACGGCAAGGCGCGCUGGAGCAAGGACGCGCUGGAGCUGUGGACGCGGAUGAGGGCCAACCGGUGGCCCAUGGACUUCAUCCUCUACAACACCCUGCUCAGCAUGUGCGCCGACGUGGGACUGGAGGAAGAGGCUGAGAAGCUCUUCGCCGACAUGAAGGCCUCCGACCGCUGCCGCCCUGACAGCUUCAGCUACACGGCCAUGAUCAACAUCUACGCCAGCGGCGGCCGGCCCGACAACGCCGGAGAGCUCUUCCAGGAGAUGCUGACGGCCGGCGUGAAGCCCAACGUGAUGAGCUGCACCUGCUUGAUCCAGUGCCUCGGGAGGGCCCGCAGGAUAGAGGACGCCGUGGAGGUGUUCGACGUCGCCAUGGCCAACGGCGUCGUACCCGACGACCGGCUCUGCGGCUGCCUGCUCUCCGUCGUCGCCUUCUGCCGGCCGGAGCAGGCGCCCACCGUCCUCGCCCGGCUCGAGACGGCCAACGCCGGCCUUGUCCGCCUCGUCCGCAUGCUCGGGGACGACGCCGUGGGCUUCGAGGCGGUGAAGGCGGAGUUCCGGGGGAUCCUCAAUGGGACAGCCGUCGACGCGCGGAGGCCCUUCUGCAACUGCCUGAUCGACAUCUGCCGCAACCAGAGCUUCCCCUACAGACGGCCCCGCGAGCUCUUCUCCCUGGGGAACCUCUACGGCCUGUACCCCGGCCUGCACGGGAAGAGCGCCGGUGAGUGGUCGCUGAACCUGAGGUCGCUCUCCGUCGGCGCCGCUCACGUAGCGUUCGACGAUUGGACGGAGACUCUGGGCAGGAGCCUGCGGGAGGGGGAGGCCCUGCCGCAGCUCUUCACCGUCCACACUGGCGCCGGCACGCACAAGUUCUCGCAGGGCCUCGCCGCCGCCUUCGCCGCGCACCUGGAGACGCUGGCGGCGCCAUUCCGGCGGGACGAGGAUGACAGGCGCGGCUGCUUCGUGGCCUCGAAGGAGGACCUCGUGCCUUGGCUUCUGGCCGGAGAUGCUUCCGCGGCGGCGUAG